AUGCGCAGGGCAAUCUUCUGGGUUAUCGACAACCACGUUUCUGGGUUUAAGAGGCACUUCUCGUUGUCUGAUGUCUCGAACACGGAAAAAGCCUUUUCAUUAACAAUGUGCCAGUCGACAGCUCUCAAGCUCAUCUCUUGGGGCAUCCCAUUUGCAAUCCAGUGCCUCGUCAAUGUUCUGACAGUUCGGUCAUGGUGGGAUUUUCACCAUAGUACCUUGGGGAUGUAUCUAGAUUUUAUGGUUACUGAUGACGAUGCAGUACUCCUCUCUCUGUCGAUGACAGGGUCCAUCACACAACUAGUCAAAGUCACGGUUGGACGACCUCGACCAGAUUUAAUCUCACGCUGUCAACCUGCGCCGGGCUCCGAAGACCCUCUUUGGGGCCUCUCUACUGCAGACAUAUGUACACAGGCUGCAUCGAAGAUAUUCGAGGAUGGAUGGCGAAGCUUCCCUAGUGGUCAUUCCAGUAUGUCCUUUGCAGGCCUUGGAUUCCUUGCCUUCUACUUGGCUGGUAAACUGCACCUAUUUGACACACGGGGAUAUGUCGGUAAAGCGUGGAUAUCUAUCACUCCUCUUACUGGUGCCUUAUUCGUGGCGACUUCGCGCACUAUGGACUACCGCCACCACUGGCAGGACGUUGUGACUGGAUCUGCGCUUGGCCUUCUCCUCGCAUAUUUCUCGUACAGACAAUAUUACCCUCACCUAGCAUCGGCAGAUGCGCAUGAGCCGUAUGCUACCCGGUUCGAAGAUGCCAAGAGUGUGGAACUGGAUGGCAUCGAUGGAGCCACGGACUCGUUGCUGGGUCGUUAUGAGGAAGAUGCGGAAGUGAUCAGCACGAGGCGAAAUCCAACCACAGGGAUUCGACGAUAA